CCGUCUACCUGCUCCACGCUUCUCCGCCACGCCACGCCACUGAACACAAAUCCCUAAGCUAAACCCUCGUAAAAUCGAAGGUGGGAGAAGGGGGGAGAGGAACGGGAGGCGGCGGCGGCGAGGUGAUCGAGGAGAGGCCCAUGGAUCGUCAGGGGAACGGGGAUCCGGGGGACGACGAGUCGGCGACGACGUCCUGGGAGGUGGGCGGGGGCUCCGAGGCCGGGGCGGAGGUGACGGGGGUUACCCGGGGCUCCGAGCCUGAGGCGGAGGGGGUCCCGGGUGGCGUCCUGGUGGGGGUGACCGCGGGCUCGGUGACCAAGCCGUCCAAGGUGGGUGGAGGCUCCAAGGCCCAGGCGGAGGCGUCUUCCAAGGCGGGCGGGGGCUCCGUGGCCGGGGCGGAUGGGGAGGGGUCCUCUGCUAGCUUCGCGGCGGAGGGGAUGGGGGUACCUCUGGUCCUGACGGCGGCGGAGAUGGCCGCUCAGGGCUUCGACAUCGGCGUCGACAUCGUGCUGGCAGGCAUGGAACAGUAUGUGGAUCCGGUCGCCUAUGCAGAGUUCGAGGAGGUGAUGCUGGCCGCCGACAACCUCCGAUUUGCUCAAAAUUCGCGCCAGGUACCCCCUGCUGAUACCUUCCAGCCUGUAAAUGAAAAUGAGGUAAAUGUGGAUCCGGACGCCGAGGCAGAGUUCGACGCGAUGAUUCUGGCCGCCAACAACCUCCGAUUUGCUCAACAGUUGCGCCAGGUACCCCCUGCUGAUACCUUCCAGCUUGAAAAUGAAAAUGAGGAUGAAAGGGUUCACACCAAUCAAUCUGGCUCUUCACUGUAUCAGGGAAUUCAUAAUGAUACACUAUAUGGAUCUUCCAUAUCUCAGCAGAUUCAUAGUGAUACUUUACAUGGUUCUCCAAUACCUCAGGGGGGUGAUAAUAAUACAUUACAUGGAUCUUGCAUUCCUCAGGGGGGUGAUAAUGAUCGUGCAUCUGCAACUUGGUUCAAACUUAAGGUCCCUAGUGCGUUCCAAGGGCUUUUGCAGAACUGCCCAAUCUUUCAGCUCCAGCAACAUGAAGUGUCUGCUAUUACUGAUGAAAUUAGUCGCGGUGCUGUUCUCAUCAUACCUGAAAGCAAUGUGGAUGAAUUACUGAUGACACUUGAAUACACCUCAUCUGGAAAAAUAUUAAAAGAACACGGUCCAUUUAAGUUAAAGGUCUCCGGCGUUACCAUAAACAAAUUUUGCAUCAAAGGAAAUUUAUGGAGUAGAAGGCGUUAGACCAUUGAUGACACAUGCCAUAUGUUUGAAUGGCCUGCCAAACCAGUGCGAAAUGAGACACAGGCAGUACCCCCAAGAAGGACGAGAGCAAGGACUACGGAAGAGUUGAUCGCAUCGAACGCAGCUGUGGUUGCAUCACAUGACAGAGUGCUAGAGUCAAACGCUGCUGUAGUGGAGUCAAACGACAGGCUGACGGCUGCCAUCAAUCAGCUCACCGCCCGCCUCGGCGAAUCCAGCACCAGUAGGCCAUGAAGUGGGGCAAGGAAGGUUGGUUAGAUUAGUUAGGCAGAGGCGCUGUGCUGCUUGCAAACGUUGGGUCGUAUGGUCAAAUGCUUGCUGAUUUUUUUUUCUAAUGCCUGCUUGCAGACUUUGGGCCCUAUCGAAUGCCUGCCGGAUUUGUUUGUAGUUCAAGUUUUGCCACGAUGAUAGAUAUCCCAGCUGGAUGACAGGAGAUAGGUGGGUUUACCUUUUGCUGGUAUUGCUGAGAAUGGUUCUUUUGUUGGUGGUUCCAUUGAGAAACUAAACUCAGCUGUGCGAAUUGCAAAAACUAAUUGGUUAGAGCAAAGUAUAAGGGAAUAUAUCUUAUCUGUUACAUAGUGA